AGUUUCCACCUACACCAGCGAUCGUCAUCGACCUUGCGACGUGUAAUGACUGAAUGAUGUACCUUGCUGGCAUGGUUUGAUGGCAAGAGGUUCUUGCUCUCUCAUUCACUGGUUGCGCGUGAAGUGGCAUUUCUCUUUAUUGCAUCUUGUUCGUACUUUGCAAUCAGUCAGUUCAACGGCACGACAGUUGUUGUCGCGGGGUUGUAAGUCAAUGGCAAGGAGUCGAGUUGUUGAGCUGAUUGGCAAAUUCUGCCCUUGUCUUUGUCCUCUGCGAGACAAUGAGAUCUUCAGGGCGUGUGAAUCGCCGAACAGCGUCGAGAAUGUGCGGGCGAUCUUGCGGAGAGACCCGAGAGCCGUCCAUGCGCUGAGAUCGGACGACAAUACGACCCCACUUCAUCUCGCUGUGAUCCUGCAGGACGUCGAUCUCGUACGCAUGUUCAUCAGUCACAAAGCUGAUGUUACGAGCAAGGAUCAGGAAGGACAAACUCCGCUACACGUAGCAGCGCUCAGUGGCAAUGCAGACAUCACGAGCAUGAUCGUGGAUGCGUCAACAAAUCUUCAGCAGCACAUCGACGACAAGACGGUCAAGGGAUACUCUGCGAUCUACCUGGCGUGCUGGAGGGGACAUCUUGAAGUGGCACAGCUGCUGCAUUCCAAGGGAGCGAAACUGAAUCAGACGGACAAUGAGGGCAGGACGAUGAUAUCACGAGCUCGUGACUGGAACCAGAUACGGGUACUGGAGUGGCUGGAGCAGGAG